UUCAAAGACUGUAUUGUUUUUAUGUUCGUCUACAGUAUAAGUUGCUGUUAUGCGUCAUCAACGUUCAUGGUUGGCCAGGGACGCCUCAACACCACGACUUGCGUCGUCCAUGUGAGAAACUCCGACCCGACACUGCAGCUGACCUUCGCCCAUGACACCCUGGCGCACGCCGCCAUCGCCUGCGGCGGAGGGAUAUCCUUCAUCGUGCUUGUGCUCUGCCUGGUGGCGAGCGUGCGGAACAGGAUGGAACAGAAGCCCGGAAAAUCCAAAAGUGAAGAAUUCGAACCUAAUGCCAUAAACAGCGACACGAAGAUAGAGGGACUACAACCUCAGAGGUGCGGGGUACCCAGAAGGACGACACUGGAUUCUGUCUUUGACGUGAGCCAUAGUUCGUCUGAUCCUCAGACGCCUGCAGAAAGAUCUCGAGGCUACGUGGUUGAACUUGAUGCAGAAGAUCCCAGAGUCGUAGGGCCGUAUCGUGCGGAAGAACGGUACGAGAGGGAAUCGUACGUACACUCCCGUCCAAGUUACGAACACUCCCGUCCAAGUUACGAACACUCCCGUCCAAGUUACGAACACUCCCGUCCAAGUUAUGAACACUCACGUCCAAGUCCCGACAGACGCCAUCACGACGUUUCCUCUUCCCAUCCCAUGUCGACGUUUUCACCACACGAAGACGACCGUCUACGACAAUUCUCCCGUUCUGCGUCACAACCAAGAGAAAGUCAUGGCAGACCGUACGAAACCCAUGACUUCUGGGGGAUGAAUCACUAUGGCAACGAGUGGGAAACGCCACCCUAUCAUAGGGGCAUAAGGAGCGGACCCCCGUCUGAUUUUGAUAUGUACUGACGAUAGUAUUUCAGCUGUGUGAUAUGCUGUGAUUCUCUGUUUUGAAUCAUGAUAUCGUGCUUUCUAGUGAACGAUGCACAAAUACAGAUUAACUACAAAUAAGACAUAAGGCACAGUGCAUAAUCUUACAUUUUAUCAGCAUAUUCAGUUAGUACAAAUUAUAGGUUCAGUCUGGUUGUAACUCCGGCCUGGUCACAGCGAAACUGCUAGCUGUAGAAAAGUUUCCAGACUUUGUGGUUCUAGUGUCGUCACUGUCGGCGGGUCUGGGCAUUCUCCAUUUCUUGUAUUCACAAAUCGUUUAAGACUAUCAUCAUCGUUUAAACCAACUUUAGAACAUCAAUGAUUUAUCAACUUCAGGACAGUAUUGCUAGUUUAUCAGUAGAAAGACGAUGUCGAUAAUUUUUCAGCUUUAAAUCAUGUGUUAUGUAUAAUGUUAUAUGUAUCAUGCGUAUUAUGUGAUUGUAAACCCCGCAUCAAUUCAGUGCUAUGAAAUGCUGUGAUUGCAUGGGUAAUGUUUGACCAAUAAACCAUUUAUUAUUAUUAUCGUUACCAAUGAAAAGGAGAUUGAGCUUUGCUGGACAUGUGUGGAGACUCCCUGAUCUCAGAACCACAAAACAGCUCUAACAUGGAAGCCAGAAGGCACACGCCCGAGAGGGCGGCCUAGAGUCACUUUGCGGAAAACACUACAAAAUGAUGGGGUAAAACUUGGACUUAACUCACUUAAGGAUAUGGCAGUAGUGGCGC